AUGGCUGUUUUGAAGGAAGAAUUGCUAGAAUUUGGGCUUGAUUUAAACUGUUCCGGCGCUCUUAAGGGCGCCGCGGCGGCCCCCGGCCGGCAGCGGGGCGGGGGCGGUGGCCGUGGCCGGGCUGGGGGCAGCAGCCUCGCUGAGGAGAACGGGUCGCCUGCCCUGCGGAGCCCCCACCAGGAUUUAAACAAGCAGCAAGCGCAGCAGCCACAGCCGCCGCCUCCUCAGCUGAGCCAGAAGAGGAAAGAGUUUAAGCAGCAGCAGCAGCUCAGCAGCCCAGCCCAGCUCGGCAGCAGCCACCCCCUGAAUAACCACCACCCCCCAGACUAUCAUCACCACCCCCCUCAGCAGCAGCAGCAGUUCAGCCACCCCACUGACAAGUACCAGCAGCAGGAGCACAGGCAACAGCAGCAGCUCCAGCUCCUCAGCGCUCACCCCCUGGAGCCGCCGCGGACGGGGGAUCACCGGCACCACCGGCCCCUCGGCCCCGCCGAGCACCAGGGCGGUGCGGACAGGGGGGGUUCGGAGCGCCUCGCCCCUUCCUGCCCGGGGGGAUCGGCGUCCGCGGACCCCAAUGUGGGGGUGGCCGCCGCCUCCUGCGUGAAUCCGCCUCCGUCUCCUCAUCUGCAGGCGAGAGCCAAGCUGCCCCCCAUGGAGUCCCCCCCGAACAGCCACUUACUGGGCAGCCCCGGGAACCUCCUGCCCGGCGGGCUCGGCUCUGGCUUCAGCAGCCUGCAGAGCCCGGAGAUCCCCAGCCCCCAUCACCAGAGCGGGGGCGGCUCCUCCUCGGCGGCUUCCCCUCCUCCUCCGCCGCUGCCCGGCUUCGGCACCCCCUGGUCGGUGCAGACCUCGUCGCCGCCUCCGCAGCAGACGCAGCAGCCUCCGGUCUCCAGCGGCGGCGGCGGCGGCGGCGGGCAGAUCAGCGCGAUGCCGCCCCCGAGCCCGGAGUCUGAGACCAGCUUCUAUCCGGGGAUCCCGUCAUCGAUCAACCCCGCUUUCUUCCAGAGCUUCUCGCCGGUGUCUCCUCACAACCCCUGCGCCGGGCCCUUCAGCAGCCCCUUCUCGGCCGCCGCCCCCCCGCCGCCGCCGCAGAUGAAUUUACCUCAGCAGCAGCAACAGCAGCAGCAGAACCGGAGAUCCCCUGUGAGCCCCCAGCUCCAGCACCAACACCAGGCGGCGGCGGCCGCCGCCGCCUUCUUACAGCAGAGAAACUCCUACAACCAUCACCAGCCUCUUCUGAAGCAGUCACCUUGGAGCAAUCAGAGCAGCGGCUGGAGCACAGGAAAUAUAUCUUGGGGAGGAAUGCAUGGCAGAGACCAUCGUAGAACUGGAAACAUAGGAAUUCCAGGAACUAUGAACCAAAUCUCUCCUUUGAAGAAGCCCUUUUCUGGUAAUGUCAUAGCUCCUCCUAAAUUUACUCGCUCCACUCCAUCACUGACACCAAAAUCGUGGAUUGAAGAUAAUGUUUUCCGAACUGACACCAACAGUAAUACUCUCCUUCCUUUGCAGGAUCGAAAUAGAAUGUAUGAUAGUCUGAAUAUGCACUCUUUGGAAAACUCCCUUAUUGACAUUAUGAGAGCAGAGCAUGAUCCACUUAAAGGUCGCUUGAGUUAUCCGCAUCCGGGGACUGACAAUCUUCUGAUGUUAAAUGCGAGGAGUUAUGGGCGAAGACGAGGUAAUUCACUUCUGUUUGUUACAGUACAAUUAAUUCUGAUCUGUUACUGAUCAUUAUGAUUAAUUAAUCCAGAAUGUUGAUUUUUAAAUGUUUAUCUUCAUGUUGUCUCAGUUCGGGGAAGAUGGAGAGUGUGAGGAAA